UGGUUUCGGAAAACGCCGGUCAUCCACUAUCUCCAGCAUCGUUCGAACGUCUUUUUUUCACACCGGUUCACACGGUAUCAUGAAGUUGCUCGCGGUCGUGUUCCUGGCGGCGGUCGUCGCCGUCAACGGUCAAACGCUAGAGGAUUGCCUGCAAAGCGACAGCAUAUCCUGCGUGCAGAAGAGCCUGUACAGGAAGGCGAAGGAGUUCUUUGACAAGGACAACCUGGAACUGUUCAGUGGUGUUAGUCUGGUGAAGGACAGUCAGGGCCGAAGCUCCAGAACUGGCAAGGAUUUGGUUUACGAUCAGGAGAUCAAUGCUGCGAAUAACGUUGCUGACAGACAGAGCGCUCUGGAGAAUUUCGUGAGCGACGAAGCCGGUGAAUUCCUUAGUGGACGUAGUCUCAGGAUCAAUCUGGCUCCCACUUUCGAGAGGAUCGGACAGUCGGCGAGAGCCAUCAGCGAUUCUGCGCCGGAAGAGGUGCGCCAGGCAGUCAAUGAAGUCGUUGAAGGCCGAGGAAAGAAAAAGAUCCUAAAAUCGAUCCUGCCUCUCCUAAUCGCCGCGAAAGUGAAGAUCGGAGCCCUGGCAACCCUCGCGUACUUCGCGAUCGGCCUCCUAGCGAAGAAAGCGAUCAUCGCCUCCCUGAUUUCUCUGGCGAUUUCCGCGUUCAUCGGGCUGAAAGCUUUGUGGUCGAAGCACAAUUACCACGAGGUGACUCCGUACAACGGUGGAUGGAACGGAGCUCCAGCUAGCGGGGGUUGGUCCGGGCCUGUCGGUGGCGGUGGUUGGUCCUCCGGCUCCUCGUGGGACGACGGUCACGGCUACGCGCAGAGUCAAGCGUACUCCGGCUACCAUCAUUAACCCCCUUAGUUAUUCUUCAUCUUCAUUCUCUCGUCUUCCUCUCACCGAUGUAUUUAUUGUUUAUUUAUCCUGUGUUUAAUAGUAAGCGGACCGACCGGUCCCCGUGUAAAUAUAUAAUUAAUCGUUACGCGUGUGGAAACGCAGAGGCUAGCCUCGAGUCGGCUACAUUUACACCAGAUUAUUUACCACGAAGCUGAACAUCUAGUCCAGUACGAUUUAGAUGAACUCUGUUCCGAAGUGC